CAUCACCUAUACAUACACAUCCAUAUUUCCUGUGUAUCAUCAUGAUUCAUGAUCUACAAACAUACGUGGCCUAUAUGCCGGAUGUUCAUAGUGGGUGCAUGCGUGACAUGUGUGGCAACAUAGAAGACUCCGUCGAAAGUCAAAACCCUAAUUCCUAUUCAUCACUGUAUCUGAACCUUCCAUUAAUGGCUCCUUCAAUGCUCUUUUGGCUUUUCUUUCACGCCAAAUGGAUAUAUAACCAUGGCUCCAAUCAACAAGAAUUAAGAAAGAUCUAGUCUUGAUAAAAAUGGCGUUAUUCAGAGGUCUUUUUGUCUUCUUGACUAUUCUGUUUGCAGGUGUUCUUGUUUCUUGUGAAGUUCAGAAUAAAGAAACCCUAGAUCCGGUUAAAAAGAAUGGUGUUGGUUCAGAACCAAAGCAACUAGGAGUUGCUGGUUUUGGUUCAGGGUGGGGAGUGGGUACGGGAGGUGGACUAGGGAAUGUGGGAAGGGGUGCAGGUGGUGGAUUUGGUGGUGGGCCAGGAGGUGGUGGUGGUGAAGGUGGUGGAUUUGGUGGGAUAGGUCCAGGUGCAGGUGCAGGUGCACAAGGUGGUGGUGGUGGUGUUAGUGGUGGUGGAUGGGGUGGUGGUAGUAGUCCGGGAUGGCUUGGUGGGAGUGGUGGAUUGGGUGGCCUCAUCCCCGGAUGGGGUGGCUCGGGUGGCGGUGGUCCUGGUGGCGGUCCGGGAAUUGGCGGCGGUCCGGGAAUUGGCGGCGGGCCGGGAAUUGGCGGUGGCCGUAUUCCUGGAUUUGGCGGGGGCGGCGGUGGCAUCCCUGGAUUUGGUGGUCCGGGGAAGAAGGAAAAAGAGGAGGGACAUGAGUGAAGAUUUAGGGUUAGGGUGAGGGUGGUGUGUGCAUGCAUGCAUGUGAAAUAAAAAGUAGUGAGCUAUAUAUUGCUAUUGGUAGUUUUAACUUUUAAUUAAUUAAUGUAGUAUGUAAUGUUAUGAUAUGAUAUUGUGAUGAAUCUACGUUUGUAAGAGGAAC